AUGACGAGUGAAACAGAUUCACAAAAUGAUCACGCUUGGAAAGAAAAUCUCAACUUACCGGCGAAGGAUCUAAGAUUUAAAACUUCGGACGUAACCGAUACAAAAGGAAUUGACUUCGAAGAUUUUUGUCUGAAACGAGCAUUGUUGAUGGGAAUCUUUGAAAAAGGUUGGGAGAAACCAAGUCCAAUACAAGAAGCAUCUAUUGCUAUUGCAUUAUCAGGCCAAGAUAUCCUAGCGCGAGCAAAAAACGGAACAGGUAAAACUGGUGCCUACUGCAUUCCUUGUAUUGAGAAGAUUGACGCCAGUGUGAAGUAUCCUCAGUCCCUAAUUGUUGUUCCUACUAGGGAACUUGCUUUUCAAACUUCCAAUAUUUGUGUUGAUUUAAGCAAGCAUAUGAAUUUAAAGGUGAUGGUUACAACGGGAGGUACAGAGCUUCGCAAUGAUAUUAUGCGUUUAAACGGUACGGUUCAUAUAAUUGUGGCCACACCUGGUCGCAUUCUCGAUCUUAUGGAUAAGAAUGUUGCUGAUAUGUCGCAUUGUACGACACUGGUAUUAGAUGAGGCUGACAAACUUCUUUCUCAAGAUUUUCAAGGCAUUUUGGAUCGUGUGAUCAAGUUCUUGCCUUCAGAUCGCCAGAUAAUGCUUUAUUCUGCUACAUUCCCAUUGACCGUUGCAACUUUUAUGCAAAAACAUAUGAGGAACCCCUACGAAAUUAACUUGAUGGAAGAAUUGACUCUAGUUGGUGUGACACAGUAUUACGCCUAUGUUCAGGAGAAGCAGAAAGUGCACUGCUUAAACACGCUGUUUCGCAAGCUUCAAAUAAAUCAGUCCAUCAUUUUCUGCAAUUCAACACAGCGUGUGGAACUGUUGGCAAAAAAGAUAACGGAAAUAGGGUAUUCUUGUUACUACAUUCAUUCGAGGAUGGCUCAGGGUCAUCGCAAUCGUGUUUUCCAUGAUUUUCGUAAAGGAGCUUGCCGUAACUUAGUUUGCUCUGACUUACUUACUAGAGGCAUUGAUAUUCAGGCAGUUAAUGUGGUCAUCAAUUUUGACUUUCCUCGCAAUGCCGAAACAUAUCUACAUCGAAUUGGCCGUUCUGGUCGUUUCGGGCACCUUGGUAUUGCUAUUAAUCUCAUCACUUAUGAAGACCGCUUCACUCUUCGACGUAUCGAAGCGGAAUUAAGGACUCGAAUUGCUCCUAUUCCAAAGUCGGUGGAUCCAAAAUUAUAUGUUGCUGAGUAUCAGAUUGUUGACGAGAAUGGUAGCGAAGGGGUAGGGUCCUCAAAAGGAUUAGUUGCAUAA